AAAACAAAACAAAACAAAAAACACACCGCCUUUCAAUUGCAACAACCCAAGAACAGGGCUGAGGAUAAGAGAGAGAGAGAAAGAGAGAUGGCAAUUCAACUGAAGCUCUACACAAGCGCCAACGCCGGCACGUCUCUGAAGCAGAAGCAACCAGUUAAGGCAUGUCGGAGGACAGUCAAUUAUUUCCAAGUGAAAGCAGUUUCCGGCAAAGCCCGGGAACUGAUAGAUUCCGGAGCCAUCCGGCCAAUACCGCCGAGAGAGGCGCCGGCGGCCAUGAACUCCGAAGGGUUCGUACUCCUGGACAUCAGGCCGGCGUGGGAGUGGGAGAAGGCACGUGUCACGGGGUCGGUUCACGUGCCGCUAUUCAUCAAGGAGGAGGACAAAGCGCCCGUAACGCUGCUGAAGAAGUGGGUUCACUUUGGGUAUAUAGGCCUGUGGACCGGCCAAAGUCUCACCACCAUAAACCCUAAUUUUGUGCAGCAAGUGGAUCGCUCUGUUCCUCGCAAGGACACCAAGCUCCUCCUAGCUUGUGGUGAAGGCCUUCGAUCAAUGGUGGGGGCUGCAAAGCUGCAUGAAGCAGGGUACAAGGAUUUGGGGUGGUUGGCAGGAGGAUUCAACCGUGCCAAAGAAGGGGAUUUUGCAAGUGUUGAAGGGAGUGAAGAGUUGCAGUUUGCCACCAUUGGAGGUGUCUCCUACUUCUUCCUUAAACUGCUUAUACUGUUACGGGCUGUUGGAAAAAACAGUAAUUGAUGGAAUUGGCUGUGUUUCGCUUUCACUCAAUUUUUAUUUAUUUUUAAGGCUUUGUUUCAAGUCAUCAUAAUUUUUAUGUACAAAUUUUAAGUGAUCAUAGUAUUCGGUCCCUAUGUAUUCUUUUGGGAUGAUAGUAGUUGGCCGUGAAUAUUGGAAA